AUGACUGUCGCAGACCUUCCCGCUGUGUCGCAGCAAUCCGCUGGUGGUAUUAGUUUUAAGAAGCGCAAGUAUGAAGAAGAAGAAGAAGAGGAGGAAUCCAAUUCAGUUGUUAUGGAACAAGUAUCAUCAGAACUUCGUCAACCAGACUUACCAAAAUUCAACUUGACAUCAACAAAGUCUUCAGCUAAAGAAGAGCUUGGUGAGAAAUCUUCUUCGCAAGAAUGGCAAACAGUAGAGAGACGACCAAAAAAGAAAGCUAAGAAGAUACCAAAGGCUGGAAAUGGAAAUUACCCUGCUAUUACUUUCUCAGCAAAAGAGUCUCGGCUGUCGGGACAAAUCAAGAUUGGAGAUUUGCAAUGUCUAGUCCUCUAUCUUCUUGCUGAUGGCAUGGCCCCUCAGUUUGUUUCUGUCCGCCAUCGACCACAAUUUCGAAAAGUUGUCGUGCUUAUGGUCCCUGGGCUUGAAGAAUCUAUGUUCGGUACUAAACCUGCUUCCGAUGGGCGUCGAUAUUCCCCGGAUGAAUAUCUGCCCCGCAAGCUAAAGUCUGAAGCUCUGCCUGGAAAUCUAAAGUUGUUUGGCGAUAUGUUUGAGUAUAUAUGGCCAGUCAAAACACCAGGAGACAAGAGAAAUGCAAAGAUGCAUUCCCCUUUACAUGCUAUGCUAACAGCACCUGUAACUAAAAGCCAAGAAAACAAGAAUAACAAUGGGAAAGGACCCAGGAAUGCUAGAGAACCUAAUGGCUGGCAGAACACUCGCACGCCAAUAACUCAAUUUCUCACAUCGCCAGAAGACCUCCAAGAGAAUGGUUAUACCCUCCAUCCCGCAUCCUACAACGACGUAAUCGAUAAAAAUAACCUGGCAGAGCAGCGAAAAACCUGGGAGGUCGACGAGGCUCAUGGAUGGGUAGAUACAGAAGUCAACAAUUUUGAUGAAGGAUCGGUCCCAGAUGAUGACAUUGAGCAAGGAAGUUUGACAGCUGGCAGAGAGAUCUACGCUAUGGAUUGUGAAAUGUGUAUGACUGACAAGAAUGAGUUCUCACUCACGCGCAUAAGUAUUGUUAGUUGGGACGGAUCAGUUGUACUUGAUGAGCUUGUAAAACCCGAGAAGCCAAUCAUUGAUUAUCUCACUCAGUAAGUUUUCAUUUCUUCGUUUGAUCAUGUUGCUAAUGGUUUGCAGGUAUUCUGGUAUCACCGAAUCAAUGCUUGCUCCAGUCACAACAACAUUACAAGACAUACAGAAGAGACUAGUCAAACUAUUUCACUCACGAUCGAUCUUGAUCGGUCAUUCACUCGACUCAGACCUUAAAGCCCUCAAACUUACGCAUCCAUAUAUUAUCGAUACUGCUGUUAUAUAUCCUCAUCCUCGUGGUCCACCACUCAAAUCCUCCUUAAAAUGGCUUGCACAGAAGCAUCUUGGUAAAGAGAUCCAAAAGGGACAUGGAGCAACUGGUCACGACUCUACUGAGGACGCAAGAACUUGUCUUGAUCUUGUAAAGCUCAAGUGUGAGAAGGGAUCUGACUGGGGAGCAAAUGACUCACAAGGUGAGAACGUCUUCAAGCGAUUAGCCCGAGCAGGCGUUCGAUAUAAGAGCCAGGGAGGAUCAUCCAUACCAGAUUUUACAGAUGGUAAAUCGUCAGCCGCUAUAGAUUGGGGCGAUCCAAAGAGAGGUCCUGGUGGUGCUGCAACCUUCUCCAUUGGAUGCCAAAGUGAUGAGCAGAUCAUGGAAGGUGUCAUUCGAGCUACAAAUGGGGAUCCUGAUGGGAAGGAGAUUCCUGGUGGUGGUGUGGAUUUCGUCUGGGGAAGAUUUAGAGAGUUAGAGGAUCUAAAGGGUUGGAACAACCAAAGACUUCCUCGUGCUUCAGAUCCAAAAGUCACAGCAGUAGAGAAGGACAAUGUCACAGCUCCUGAAAGCGGCGAAAGCAUGAAAGUAGAUACUGACCUGGACAAGUCAAACUCUAAGCCAGCAUCGGACACUACCAAAUCCAACAUUGCUACUAAGGAAAAUGUUAUGGAGGAUAUCGGUGUUACCAAGAAUUUGGAAUCGUCAACGACUACAAGCACCGAGCCACCACAAACAAACCCAGCCACACUCUCGCACCCUUCCGACCCCUUUGCAUCCGCCACCCUGACUCUCACCAAGCGCAUCCACAAAAUCUACGAAUCGCUUCCCCCUUGCACAGCAUUCAUCAUCUACAGCGGCUCAGGUGAUCCAAAAGAAAUGGUCAGAUAUCAAAAAAUGAAACAACAGUUCCAACAUGAGUACAAGACGAUCAAAUGGGAUAAGUUAAGUGUUAAGUGGACGGAUGUAGAAGAACAGGCUAUGAAUAGGGCGGCGGAUCAGGCUAGAAAUGGAAUCGGGUUCAUUGCUGUUAAAUAGGGAUUAGGCAUGAAGAUAGGGUUUGGUGGAGCUUGGAUGAUGACCAUAGAUGUGAUAGAUGAACUCAAUAAACAGGUGUGUAUAUAUAGAAAGAUAUACCUAGUAAUAUAGAAGCAAAUUCUUCAUUUUACAA